AUGCAACUAAUCAAGUUAUUAUUCAAACCAAGUGCAUUGAUAACCUCAAAAUUGGGCAACAUCACUAAAUUUUCAUCAAUGGCAAUGAACGACUGCUCGACAAAACUCGAUCAUAAGAUCAAUCUAGUUGUUCCAAGUCUCGAUGAGUUGAAAUCAGUUCUUCAUGAUUCGAUGGUUAAAAACUACGAAAGCGUCAGCAUCGAUAUUGUUGAAUGUCCGAAUCUACGAGAAUCACCAUUUCGUAUGACAGGAUCUGGGAUUGGCAAUAAUCUACGAAUUGCUGAAGUUGGUGGUAUACCGAACCUAUAUCCACACGGAACUAAGAAAAUAUUCAACUUAAAGAAGGUAUGUGAAACAUGCGAACUACCAGAAGCUUUCGUAUUCGGUCCAGGAGCAGGUCCGUUCGAUGCCAUCGGACACAGUUCUGAAUUGGUUGCUGAUGCCAAUCUUAUCAAAAGCCAGUUCAAAAUAGCAAAUAAAGUAUCAUGGAUAGUGUCCAGUGCAAAUGGAUAUACGAUGUCAACGACUGACAGCACUGAUUUUGAGAUAACCGCGAACUUAGCGAUUAGUGACGGAUGUGCCAACAGAAAAAUAUGUGCAACAAAACGAAUCGGUGAACUCGGUUAUGCGGAAUCAAUUCAACGAGCGAUUGAGUCUUAUUACGGUAGAAAUCAUCAGUUGGUCUCAUUGGCUGGGCUGUUCUUGCUCCACAAAGGCGAUGUUUAUAUGCACAUUCUGCCCGAUUAUCCUGUUUCGCCGCGGAAACAAGAUGAAAAGUUCUUCAGAGAAUCAGAGAGAAAGACGACUGGUNCGUCAGUGGUACAUUCACACGAUAACGAUGGAUAUAAACUACGUGUUGAACAUACACACGGAUACAACGAAUCCAACAAAUCCGGAGGACAUUAUCACAUUGAUACAACACCUGAAAUUGCCCAAUACGAAGGCUAUUUCGCACCUGCACAUUGCAUCUAUCGCAUUGAUAAGAUUUAA